UCCAAAGUAUCCACCAUAGAAACCCAGGCCCAAACUUCCGUUCCGAUGAUUGCAAUAACGUGUUUAAGUGGUACUUUGGUGUGGGAAAGCGUGUAAUGAUUAGGCCGGCCCAGCCCAAGAGACCUAUGAAAACAAAUUCCAUAGAUAGGAACCCAGGCCCAAACUUCCUAUCUUCGUGGAAAAGUUCCCUCCCUUCAGAACCCGGGAAAAUUGAGUAAUAAACGUCCAUAAACCCUAGAGAGAGAAACUGAAGAAACUAUUUCUUUGUCCAGCCAGCCAUUCUUCCUACUUGUUUCUUCAAAGCUAUCAUUGCCGUGCCUUCGUUCCAAAUCACCUUGUUUCCUGGCUUCGAUUCCAGCUCCCAGAAUCCAGACUUGCGCGUCGAUUUUGGAAUCUCAAUCUCUGCUACUUCUCCAUUCUAACCCACACAUUCUCUGCGCUUAUUCUGGGUUGUGGGUGGGUUUGAUCACUAUAGUUUAGCAUGCCAGGACCUCAACUUCUCGUGGACGAGUUCGUCUCACAGCUUCGGAAACGGAAAGUGGAGGGUUCGCAAGCAACCGCUCAACUAACAGCGGAGUUGCUUCGGACUGUAAUAUCUCAACUGAGGGCCGCUGAGGCUCCUGUUCUUAUUGAAACUGUGAGGAAAUUUGGCAGGGAGUUAAUUGCUGCUAAUCCCUUUGAGCUUUCUGUGGGGAACAUUGUAAGGAGGGUGUUGCGUAUCAUCCGAGAAGAAGAUGCAUCCGGAGUAACAUAUGGUUUGCCAUCCGAUGGUGAUAACCAAGAGACAGCUGAUUGCACAGAUGGUCAAGUUUCCAGUGCGGAUGUUUUGGCUACUAGAAGGUUGUUGCGGUCUCCUUCACUGCAUGGCUUACUUGACCGUGUCCCCAAUGCGCAUGCGGACGAUAUGGGAGGCAAAAGAAAAGCACCUGCUGAUAAGAAUGCAAAAGCCUGGAUGUUGAAGCAUAAUGUGAUGGAAGCAAUUAAUGAGCUUGUUGAAGAGAUAAGUGGUUGUCACCAACAGAUUGCAGAGCAAGCAUUGGAGCUCAUUCAUCACAAUGAGGUGAUUCUGACUUUUGGAAAAUCAAAAUCUGUGAUGGAGUUCUUGUGUGCAGCAAAGAAGAAAAGAUCAUUCAGGGUUUAUGUCGCUGAAGGAGCUCCCAAGUACCAAGGACACUGCUUUGCGAAGGACCUAUCUGCAGAAGGUUUUAGGACCACUUUGAUCACAGAUUCUGCAGUAUUUGCCAUGAUUUCACGAGUGAACAUGGUUGUGGUUGGAGCUCAUACUGUGAUGGCUAAUGGUGGGAUCAUAGGUCCAGUUGGGUUGAACAUGCUCGCACUUGCAGCCAAACAACAUGGUGUUCCGUUCGUUGUAGUUGCAGCCACUCACAAGCUAUGCCCUUUAUACCCAGAAAACCCAGUAGUUCGGUUGAAUGAACUCAAGUCGCCAUCUGAUCUCCUCCAGUUUGGGGAAUUCUCAGAAUGCAUGGAACUAGCACCCGAUAGCAGUGCUUGUGUACUUAACGUCGUAAACCCUGCCUUCGACUACGUUCCACCGCAGCUUAUCAAUCUUUUCAUCACAGACAUAGGAGGACACAACCCAUCGUUCAUGUACAGGUUGAUUGCUGACUACUACUCUGCCGAUGAUUUCAUCCUCUGAAUAAAAUACCAAAUUGCCAACAACUCAAGCAGUCAAAACAAAUGCGACGGAUCUUCUGGCAUUCAAUGUGAAGAAUUACAAACAGUUUUGCCGCCUAGCCUCAACUGACUAAAAACAGAAACCGAGCUUCGAUACAUUGGGAUUCUUAUGAUAAGAAAGUUGUUGAAUGUAAUGGGAAACCUUGAGAUUUGAUACAGAAGAAAAUAUGGAAAGAAUCUACCGAAAGUUGAGAAGAAAGGAACUUCUUAUCG